UUAUUUUGGACAAGAUACAUUGAUGGGCGCUUUCGAAUAUUUUCCUCGUGAAAUCUGGGAGAUUAUUUUAUUCUAUGGUGGAAAUUCUGUGAAAAAGGGUCGAGUGAUGGCGGUGAAUAAGCAUUGGUACAUCAUGUUUUUAUCAAUCACUUUUACCGCACCCUUUAUUCGUUUAAGCUGUGAUCGAUCCAAGUACCACGAUAUCGUGAAUUCUCCGUUUCGCCCAGGACAGUGGACAACCUCCAUUACUUUUCGAUUUUUUAAAGCGGAGAGAGAUACUAUUACGCAAGGAAAACUUUAUCGAUUAAUGAAGUGCACUCCCCAUGUUGAACAAAUCAAUUUUAAUCAGAUCGAAAUAGUCGAUGAGCAAGACUGGAAUUAUUUUUAUGAGGUGCUCAAAUUAGCGGGCGUCUGGAAAUUACGCUGCUUACCGGAUGAUUGGAAAUUGGAAUCCGUUGAUAAUCGAGUUGACAUGAAAUCAGUUUAUUCAGCCUAUCUAAAAUGUGCUCAGCAUCUAAGGGAUUCACUUGGUUCUUUACGAUUGAUUAAAGAAAUGAUGCCGACCAAUACAGAUCUCAGUUUUGUAAAUGGAUUCACCGCAUUAACCCCUCAUCUAGAAGAACUCGAAGUGGAUUUUAAAGACACGAGUUUUGAUUCAGAUGACUACAAGAAAACAAUUCUGAAUGUAAAAUAUCCUAGCAUAAAGAUACUUACCUUUCAUAACUUUGUAUUUGAAACAGACAAUCAAGUAAGCAUGAUCUAUACCCAUUUUACAGGGCUCAAAAAACUAUCUCUUGCAUGUUCCAAAAACAAACUUGUAUUGAAGCCGGAGACAUCAAGAGCUUUCUUCAGCAUGCUCUCUUCACUUUUAAAUUACAAUAUUUUGUUUCGUAGAAAUACCAUUGACGUAGCAAAGUUUAUAAAUGAAUAUUGUCAACAGGAAAUGCAUGCAACUGCAUAUGGUAGCUAUAUUUAUGAUGACUCUAUUCUCGUUAGCAAAACAAAGUCUGUUCCCAAGACAAUGAUAAAAUACAAAUUUUAUACUGAAGGAAAUACCGACCACUAUGCUGCAAAACGUAUUUUAUCCGAUUUAGGUCCAAGCAUACAACAAGUUGAACUUCUUGAUUUGGAGGAUGAAACUAUUCAAGAGUAUUUGAAGGCCCUUUUUAGUAUCCAGCACAAAACUCUACACUCUAUCGUAUUUAACGCGCUUACAUUUGAAACGCUUGUGUUAACAGGUGGUCUUUAUUAUACUAGCUACCUCCAAUGCAUAAUGUUUGACAAGUGUACAUUCUCCAAACAAGCCCUGCAAGCACUAUCAGGCGUCUUUACAAAUAUAGACUCAAUUCACUUUAAAGGCUGUCACUUUGAUGAAUCUUUUGAUCGUUCUUGGGUAAACAUAAUUAUGCCAAAAACCGAAAUUCACAAUCUUUGUAUAUCGUAUAAUGUUCCUUUUAGUGCUUCCUAUAAUGAUGAAAACGAGACACUAUAUGAUGAUGAAGAGAAAAUAGAACAUCCCCGAAUUUUCCCGCUGGUUUCGAUCACGUUGACAGGUGAAGGAGUUACAAGAUAUUAUUAUACGCGAGAUGAGAACGUACCGGUAGUUAUCCAAACUACAGAAUUACAGUUUUAUUUGCUCGCAGACGAGCAUCGGUAUUUGCCAUUUAUUAGAGUCGUCAAUGUCCAGGUUAAAUCGAUCGGAGAACUGUCAUUGAAAUUAAGCAACAAUCGGUCAAAAGAUAUUCAAAUGAAUUUUAAAUGUUAGUGUUUAACUUUUUGUCGUAGUUCUGUAACUAUUAAAGCAAGUUAUGGCAAAUAUUUCUUUUCGUUCAUAUUUUAUCGACUUAAAUGUUCAUUCUUUGUUUUCUUUUCCAAAAGAUAGAAUUACUUUAUAGCUUUGUUAAAUUUACGUUGUAGCACGUUGAUUUUGACCCACUGUACUUUGUCAUUUGGAUUUGGUCCCUUU